AUGGCAAAGACUGCCUUGCCGUCCUCUAUUCACACGACGUUUAAGCUCCCUGACAGUAAAGUAAUUUCUGUUCGAGCAGAGCGCUUUUCCCAUUACUGCUCUGGUUGGAAGCAGUGGAGUCCACGAGAUCUUGUGCAACUAGGUUAUGAAGCCAACACGAUCUUAAAAGAGGGAAACACCUUGUUUUCCGGCCUUGCAGAGCUCACGGACAAAGAAAUGACUGCUUUGGUUCCUAGAUCGAUAAAAAUUAGGAUCGUUGCCUCUCCUGAGCGUAAAUAUUCGGUCUGGGUAGGUGUAUCUGUCCUAGCCUCCUUGUCAAGCUUCCAAGAAAUGUGGAUCACAGGAAAUGAGUACAAUGAAUGUAGACCCUCCAUCGUUCACCGAAAAUGCUGCUGA